CAUCCAUCACUUCGUGUUUGGUGUAAAGAGGGAGAGAUGGCGAGUCACGUAGAUGUACCAGGUGAGCCGACUCACACCGGAACGGCUCUGCUCGAGGCUGCUACUGGUGCAAUCCAAGGCUUUGCUUCCAUCAACAAAAUUCACCAGCAUCUUUGCGCGUUCCAUUUCUAUGGGGACGACAUGACUCGACAAGUUGAAGCCCAUCAUUUCUGUUCUCACCAGAACGAAGAGAUGUGGCAGUGCCUCAUCUACGACAAAUCUGAAUCGGAUGCUCGCCUCAUUGGCAUAGAGUACCUCAUCACAGAGAACCUCUUCUUAACACUCCCAGACGGCGAAAAACCGUUGUGGCACUCUCAUGAGUAUGAGGUCAAGAGUGGGAUCCUCUUCAUGCCAGGUGUGCCCGGCCCCAUCCAGCGACAGGACCUCGAGAAGGUUUCCAAGACUUAUGGCAAGACCUUCCACUUCUGGCAGGUUGACAGAGGGGAUACGCUCCCGCUUGGCUUGCCGCAGGUGAUGAUGGCCUUUACUAGAGAUGGGCAGCUUUACGACCACAUUGUUAAAGAUGUCGAGAAGCGUUAUGGAGUAUCCAUUGCUGCUGAGAGGGAGAAGAGGGCGUACAUGAGUGGGCCAGAUCAUGGUAUCCACCCACUAGCGAAUGGAGCAGGAAAGGGCCUGAAGACGGAGCUGAGAGAGGUAGACUGCCUACCGGUGGAAUCUGUGCCGAGGAUCUUCGUCUGAUGUCCUCUUCCAAAAAAAGAAAAA